AUGGAUCUUCGCGUCGACAUCGUCGAGACGAGGCUCUGCCUGUACCAUCGCAGGAGGCCGCCAGGUAAGUUCUUCUUCAGGCAAGUGCAUUUGCUCUGUUUCUUUCUAUUGUCAGUUGAGGUUCCGUGUCGUAUGCUGCUCUUGCUGCCUGUCCUCUAUAUGCUAGUCUGUCUGUUAAUAGCUAGAGGAAAUUCUCGAUGCCCGCUGCGACUGUCUGUCUGUCAGUCUAUGCUUCUCUCUGCUAAUAGCUAGGUGUUACGAUGCUUGACUUUGAGUGGUGUCCUCAAUUUUGUCUCUGACUGAUGACUGUGUCUGUUUGCCCAAUCUAGCUAGCUGUAAGUCCCAUAGUUAGGAUCUGUGUAUGGUCUCUCCUAGUUCACUCCAUCACGUCACCAUCACCACCAAGGUCCCAGGCUAAUUCGGGUCGUUCUCUCACUAACAAAAAGUCGUGGCCCAUAGUGGAGUCCGGCAGCCGUCUGGGAUAACCGGGCAGCCCUAUACAGGGAUGCGUUGCCUGCCCUCGCGAGGGCGAGGGGGCUAGAAAAGGUGCCCUAAAGAUCGCUGGAAACCACGCUGUCUGUAGGCUGGCCGUGGCCGCAGACAAAAAACACACGGUCGAAACAGCCAAAACGGAAACAACAACAACAGUCACUCUCUUCCUCUUCCAGCCUAUUCUUCUUCUUCUCUUCCUCCUUAUUUUCGUCGCCGCAGUCGCCAGACUGGCAGGGUGAGUCCGCUCACUCUGGCAGCCUGGAAUGUUCGUUCCCUUUUAGACAAUCCGAGGAGCAACCGACCGGAACGGAGGACGACGCUAGUAGCACGAGAACUGGCGCGCUACAGGGUGGACAUCGCCGCACUCAGCGAGACCCGAUUCUCCGAACAAGGCCAACUGGAGGAGGUGGGUGCCGGUUACACCUUCUACUGGAGUGGUCGACCCAGGGCAGAGCAACGAGACGCGGGCGUCGCCUUCGCCAUUCGGAACGACAUCGUGAGACAACUGCUCAGCCUGACGCAGGACAUCAACGAUCGCCUGAUGAGCAUCCGUCUGUCUCUCCGGCGGGGAGGCAAAUUCGCCACCAUCAUCAACGCCUACGCUCCGCCCAUGACCACCCCCGGCGCCGUCAGAGACAAAUUCUACGAGGACCUGCACGCCCUCUUGGCGACUGUUUCGAAGGCGGACAAGUUGAUUGUCCUUGGUGACUUCAACGCCCGCGUCGGCACAGACCAUACUGCCUUGAGAGGAGUGCUGGGUCCCCACGGUCUCCGCGGCUCAAACGACAAUGGUCUACUGCUUCUCCGCACCUGCGCAGAACACCGCUUUAUCCUGACGAACACGUUCUUCUGUUAG